GCUCCCCUGGGUCUUAACUACAACCCUUCAAGAUGGUUCGGGCACGAGUCUUGUUCGCCGUCCUUGUUCUUCUCGGCUGCUGGAUGCUCCAGACAACUUCUGCCCACGAGGUUCAGUUGGAGGAGGCCUCCUGCUCUAAACAGUUCCGCAGCGACGUGAACAUCACCGUGGUGGCCGGGCCGGGGCCGGCAGGGCAGAAAGGCGACAUGGGCCCGAGAGGUCACAAAGGUACGCCAGGUGAGAGGGGAGAGACAGGUGCUCCAGGUGAACAGGGGCCUGUCGGGCCUACAGGUGAGAAGGGAGACACGGGUGAGCUGGGGCCGGCAGGUGAGACGGGCACACCUGGCGUCAGCCCACCUGUCCCCACCCUGGUGGCGUUCUCCGUGGCGCGAACCACUGGCCUGACGACGAAUUGGUCUAAAAAGCAGGUGACGUAUGAUGACGUCCUUAGCAACGAGGGCGGGGCUUACAACAUGACAACGGGGAAGUUCGUGACCAAAGUGGGCGGUGUGUACUUCUUCACGUUCACGGGCAAGACGAGCGGGGAGUACAUGAUUCAUCUGAAGAAGAACGGGAAGAUAAUGGUCUCCAUUCGUGAAAAAAUCAGGGAUCUAGUUGACAACCAGGCGAGCAGUAACAGCGCGAUCCUGGAGCUGGAUGUCGGGGACGAGGUUUGGGUGGAGGUGUUUCCGGGCGCCUACAGUCUGCACAGCAACGACGGCCGCUUCCUCACGUUUUCCGGAUUUCUUAUUAGCCAAAUGUAACAGCAAC